AUGACAGACGAAAAGAGCGAUAUCUGUAACGCAUCUGCAAGUGCUGCAGCUCACGAUAAUGAAAACGUUAUGGAAAAGCCCCAGUUGGAAAAAGAACCUACAUCUGUGCCUGAAAAAGAUGCAGUAAACGGAGCUGAAGCAAAAGUUUCACCAGAACUUGCGAAGAAAAUUGUUGAACAAGUUGAGAACAUUUCUGCGUUUAUAAUUUUCGUUUUAUUUGUUUACUUCCAGUUCUACUUUGGUGAUAUCAAUCUUCCGCGUGAUCGCUUCUUGCAAGAUGAAAUCAAAAAAGAUGAAGGAUGGGUCGCUCUAACUACGAUGACCAAAUUCAAUCGGUUAGCGCAGCUGACAACCGAUGUGAGUGUGAUCGCUGAGGCAUUACAAAACUCGCAGCUGCUCGAAGUUAAUGAAGAUAAGACACGAGUCAGACGUGAUCCUGAAAUUGCAUUACCCGAAAACUCGCUUGAGUAUUGGCAAGGAAUUAAGCAUCGCACCGUUUACGUCAAAGGUUUCAAGUUGGAUAGUACACUGGAUGAUAUCCAGAAGUUCGUAAAGCAGUUCGGUGAUGUUGAUAACGUGUUGAUGCGUCGGGAUAAGAGUACUGAACGAAGCUUCAAGGGAUCUGCAUUUAUCACUUAUAAGACCCGUGAAAUGUGCGAGAAUUUUGUGAACAAUGAUGUGAAAAAAUUUGAAGGUUCUGAUCUCAUCAAAAUGAUGCAAGAUGACUACUGGGCGAUGAAACAACAGCAAAUGAAAAAUCGAAAAGCGGCCGAUCGUAACGCAAAACUUGCCAAGAAGGUAGCUGAGAGUGACGAGAAAGAAACGAGUAGCGUAACAGCACAUUUUAUGAAAGGAAUGAUUCUAUCGGUCGAAGGAUUACCCACUGAAGAUGUCGAUGUGAACAAAAUCAAGACGUUCUUCCGAAAGUUUGGUGAUGUCGCAUACGUUGUAUUCAGUAGCGGUAACGAUAAGGCACAGAUCCGAUUCAGUGGUGAAGAGAAUUGCGCAAAAAAAGCUUGGGAUCAAGCAGUGAGUGAGGCUGGUGAAGAGGGUAAGGUUAUGAUGGAUGGAAAAGAAUUGAAGGGUGCGGUUCUAGAGGGUGAAGAAGAAGAGAAAUACUGGAACGACUUCAAUCAGAAUCGAGCCAAUAAACAGUCACGUAUGGAUCAGAAUCGACGAGGACGAGGUCGAUCACGCAAUCGCGGUCGAGGUGGUCAUCACUCAUUCGGAGGUGAUCGGGGUGGUGGUACAGUUGUGCCCAACAAGAAGAGGGAAGGUGAUCAGAAAGAAGAAGGUGAUGCAUCCGAAGCAAAAAAACCGAAGAAGACUGUUUUUGCUGAUGAAGAGUGA